AUGGCCACCGACUCCAAAAUCCACACCGCAACACCACGCAAAAACCGGGUAUUGUUCGGCGCAAACUCCGUAGUCUGCCCCGCCGACCAAUCCCACGCCAUCACGAAUCUCAUGUCACCGCCAACACCAUAUGACCGUACCACGCCCCCAUCUUCCGCGCUACUGACUACCAAACCUUUUCCGAAAUUCCCCGUCCAGACCUCCAGUAAUACUCCGACACCGCCUUCACACGACCGCCGCACCCCGCGACCACCGCCUCGUGAACACGGCAUGCAAGAUGACUUGUACUAUGCCUUCACACACCAUGCAUACUUAUCUAGUGAAACAGCCGCUGCGAAGGACGUGGUAAACUCUCUCACUUCCUAUUGUCCUCCCAAACAAUACACCCAACGUCUAUUACCCCUACCGCCCAUGGUAAGACGGCACCCCAGCACUACCAAACCACGACUCAUAACACCCUCGACCACCCCCGAUUCCAUCAACUUCAACAACUUCACAAUGGACGUCGCUACCAGGCAACUCCCACCCACCAUGCUACCCAAAUCAAAAGCUUCUCUCAAGUCAAAGCCCGUCACCUGGACCUUCCCUCACCUCAAGAAGAAGCGUCGAGGCAGCGAAAUCUUCAACAUCAACUUCGGCUUUAACUUCUCUUCUCGUCGAAGAAGCCCCGACUACUCGCCGCAGGUCAGCCCUAGGACUUCCUUCUCAUUCCCAUCCGGCUCGCCAAGGGAAGAGUUGGAAGACAGCUUCAAGAGGCAAAGGAUCGACUCCACUAGCGAAGACAUGGACGUGGUCUUCUCCACCAACAUCUUUGGCUCACAUGUCGACACAAACACCUCUGUCCAAUUACCCUCCACACACUGUGAUACCACAGGCGAAGCACACCCAGGCCAACCCGUCGACUUCUCAACCCCUCCGCCCACUCUUGUCCCCGACUGGUCCGUCCCUGCGCCCAUCAUCCCGCGUGGUGAUGCAUCAAGCGACUUCAAACUCCGCUUGAGCAGUGACGCCUACCAUGACUACCUCGCCACCACCCAAAGGCGAAAGUCAUUCCCAUCCACCGAGUGGGCAGCAAAGCCCGUUCGCGACGAGUUCCAAAUGAUUGAAAAGAUGGACAAACCCAAGCCAAGAGCAAACACAGUGGUCGAACAACCUACUACCACCAAAGUUCAAACACCAAUCAUGGAAGCACAGCCGCUCCCACCAUGCGAGCUACGACGCACCACCAGCGAUCCGUGCACAGAGGCCUUCCUCACGCACAUCCGUGCCAGCCUGGAAGCAAGAAAGACAAAGACGGGUACCUGCUGGCAGACAUACCCCGUCUUCGCCGACGAAUUCGAGCGCGGCUUUUUGGACGACGCUCCCUUAUGA